CUUCAAUCACGUGUCACUUAUUACCAAAUCAUCCAGCUUUAUUAAAGAAAGGGUUGCUGCAGAAAGUGCAUCACUUCUGAUACAGUGUGUGCGGUGUAAUGGAAACAAUGAGUGCUGUGCCUUCAUUCAUACUUCUUUUCUCCUCUUUGAGCUUCAGUUUGGCAUCCGUGCAGCAGGAUGUAUAUGAGGACCUCUGGAGUAUGAAUAUGGACAUCGCAAACAAAACUCUCCAACUUGACUUCAUGCAGCAAAUGCAAUCCAACAGUCUACAAGCUGAGCGCUAUGUCAACUUCACCUUGCAGGACAUCAACUAUGUGCGAGAGGUUACCGGUAUGCUGAAAAUAAUGAGCAAGAAGGUCAAAAAACCAAAAGACCUUAGUGACUUAAUAACAGGAAGAUACAACAGUUACAAAUCAUUUUUGGACUUAUUAAUUCAGCAAUAUUUCUUUAAGAAUGCAGCUUCUAUCAAACCAACACCAGCCAUGAAGAAAUAUCUGGCAACUUACAGACAGGCGAUGACCAAAGACCCUAUUUACUUUGCUGUAGCUCUCGUGCCCUGUGCAAGGCUCUGGGUGUGGCUGGCCAACAACGUGGAGUUACCACCUACCAAUGUCUACCACACAUGGCAAGAAGACAAUAAGAAUGGAAACCCUAAAAAGCAUUACAGAGAUGUACUGAACAAAUAUCUAGAUACAGCGGAAAAAAUCAACGUAGCCAAGGCAAUUUUCCGCACGCAAAUGCAGAACGAGCAUGACUUUUUUGAAACUUCUUGAGCUGAUCAUAUUUUAGGUUUGGCAGGCUUAUGCUUUCUCAUAAAAGUGCUUAAAUACUAGAUAAACCCUCAUGAAUUAGCCACCACUGUUUUAAUUAUUGGCGUUGUUAAUGUUGUUAAUGAAGUUUUUGCUUUAAGGCAUAAGACAUGUUU